AUGUCUCCUCAACCCCAAGGAGUUGAUUUCUGUCUGGAAUGCCACUGGGAGGCAUUUCAUAUAGACGGUAAGGACGCCGUCGAUACUUUUGCAGAUCAUUCUCUAUCCCAGUGGACCUGCGCAGACCACGAACAUCACGCCUCUCUUGCACAGUGCAAUGUUGACGAAACCUGCUGCGAUGUGGAAGAUUGCCCUGUUGAUGAGUGCUCGUUAGAGUGUGGGUCAGUUUGCGACGGCCUCGUGGAUUGCGACGCUUCGACCGUGUGCUCGGUGGCGCAUUGUGAUGACGCUCACUGCGAUGAUACUCAUUGCGACGACACUCAUUGCGACGACACUCAUUGCGACGACACUCAUUGCGACAACACUCAUUGCGACGAUACGGCGCAAGCCUGCUUUGAUGAGCACUGCUGCGACGGAACCGAGGGUCACGAUUGUAGCUUUGAUUCCCUUUUGGGCCUCAAUACUCCCAUCUCCCUAGAUGCUUCAUGCUUCCUCCCUUCGAUAACGAUGGAUCAGAAUCUUUUUGAUCAUUCCGAAAAGGCAGCAGGGCAUUAUCAUCCUAUGCCUCCGCCGGUUGACCCGAGUCAUCGAAAUGACUUCCUCUCAUCAUACCAAGCACACACCGCCUAUUGUGAUAAUAAUGUGUCUAGCCACUUUGGCUGUGACGAUUUUCAGAAAGACGUACAGGGGCUGUUCACAAACUAUCCAUUUUCAGGACAGGCCGAUGUCAACCCCACCGACGUCUUCCAUAUGCUUGGGGUGUGUCCGGAUCUCUCGAACUGCCCUGACCAACACGCACUCGAUCAACAUGAGUGCCAGAACCCUUUCGAAUGCCCGAAAGAUGUUUCACCAGUCAACUGUUUUAACCCCGACCAUUCUCACACCCAUGGUCAUAUUAAAAAUCCGAAUGACCUCAACCUUCAGGCUUUCAUGAAAGGUCCCCACCGCACCAAUCACCGAUGUCGAGUUCAUGCACACUCUCACGCUCACCCGUAUUCUCCCUAUUCCCGCCAGUCCCGAUCCAGUGUCAGCUCGCACCUUUUGUCUAGUCCAGCAGAGACUCCACCGCCCCUGGAUGGGAGUGUGUCAUCAGUCCUGACCACCUCGGACUUUUCUGCCGAGGACAAUCACUUGCAUACCUGCAAAUGGACACACGAUUUUCACGGGGCCAAAACUGCCUGCGGAGCCACCUUCUCGAGUGCCGGUGCUCUUCAAGAGCAUCUCGUCUCCAGCCACAUGAACACCAUCGAAGGCGCCAAGGGGAACGGUUACUACUGCCGCUGGGAAGGAUGCCAUCGUCCAGAUGAACCAUUCUCGCAAAAGUCAAAACUCCAGGGUCACUUCCUGACUCAUAACAAAAACUUCAAGUGCUCUGUUUGUGGCAAAAUCUUCGCCAGACAGACGACCCUGGAUCGACACGAGCGAAGCCAUCGUGGGGACAAGCCGUACAAGUGUAAACAUUGCCACAAAUCAUUUACUGAUAGCAGCGAGCUGAGAUGCACGAAGAGCUUUACUCGACCAGGUACGUUUUCAAGGUGUCUACGUGUCGGACGAAUUCUGAUUCUCGGCUAUUGGGCAGACCAACUGAAACGCCAUAUGCGGACAACACACAAGCAAGAAUCCUCUUCGACGCUGCCAUCACCCCGCUCAGACCAAUUCAGCCUCACUCCUUUUUCCGUUAUCUAG